AUUUUAGAGACAUGGGCAGCUCUUUCUCUACUCCCCAACAGAAAUUUUUAAAAGAUUUAAAAUUUCUCCUCUCCUCCAACAAAUUGGAAGUUCCAGAGGGUGAUUUGAUACAGCUCAUUCUGUGUAUUGAUGCACAUUGUCCUUGGUUUCCUGCAGAUGGGACAUGGGAAUUAAAACAUUGGGAUAAGAUCGGAACACAUUUUCAUGGGCACCCCAGCAUAGGUGUUCGGAUUUUAAAUGCAUGGUGCAAGGUUCGUUAUGCCAUGGGCUCUUUAUCACCAAAAAAUAUAUCCAUGGCUGCAUUGCCAACACAACCUUCAGCUUCUUUAAUUCAGCCUGCUGUCCUGCCGUGUGUUCCAGCACUUGCUUUGCCAGCAGCCCCAGACCCCAAACCUCCGGACUACAGUUCCUCACCAGAGGACCCAAUCCUGCAAAAAUACCGUGGUCUGGCUGGAAAUGACCCUACUCUUUCAGCGGCAGAACUAGCUACCCCUUUUCAACGUGCAGUACUUGCCUGUUCCUUAAUUCAGGAUACUGUGGCAUUUCCCAUCAUUGUGCCCCCUGCUGGUGCUCCAGCAGGAAUUCAAGCCCCAUUUACACAGGCUCUUUUGGAAGCCACAUUAGCCCAGCUUUUGGUUCCAGAUGACAUCAAGCUUUUGGCACGUACAGUGUUACCCCCAUCAGCUGGUGUUUUGUUUGCCCACGAAUGGGAAACUGCCUGCUGUGUUUAUGCCCCGGCUUUGUUACAACAAAUCAGAGGAAAUAAUCCAAAUAUUACCCUCGCAGAUGUCAUAGAUGCCAUGAUGGGGCGUGGCCCCUUCAUUCAAGCUUCAGUGCAAGCCACACUGCUGCAGAUCUUAUUGAGGGAUACUGCUCUUGCUGCUAAACAAGCAAUGAGAAAAAUUCCAGAACCCACUAGUAUUCAGUCUAGAUGGGGUUCAAUCAGACAAGAACCUAGAGAAUCAUAUUCUUCCUUUAUGGACAGGCUGAUUACAGCAGUGAGUCGCCAAAUUGAAAAUCCUGAAGCCAAACAAAUAAUUAUCAAACAAUUGGCCUUUGAAAAUGCCAACGAGGAUUGUAAACUUGCAUUGCGCCCGAUAAUACACAAUCCUGCCACAGACACAGCAGCCAUGCUUCGCAUUUGUCAGUCUGUAGGUACAGCCACCCACAAGCCUCAUCUGCUGGCAGCAGCGCUAAAUGAAAACCAGCCUGUAGCCACCGAUACAACUUGUUUCCAGUGUGACAAACCAGGAUCACCGAUACCCCAGUGUGGGUAGGACAGUGGCCUCUACCAAAAGAAAAAUCCGCAG